CUAUACACAACACAGAGCAGUAAACUGAGUCGGCCGAGGAGGACAUAUAUAACAACAAGAUGAGCAAGACCAGUCUACCUCCGGCCGAAGUUUACGCUCCACAUCCACCUGAUUACCAGUCGCAUACAUACCCGUCACAUGGCUACCAGCCACCAUCCCACCAUCAUCCGCCGGCACAACAUACUACAUUCGCUCCCGUCACACAUCAGCCUGUGAGCCAGUCAACAAACGUCCAACUGACUAUGGCAGGUGCGGUGGCGACGAAUCCUACACGGUUCCGACCUUGGACAACUGAUCUUUGUGGUUGUAUGCAAGACAUUGAAACAUGUAUGAUGGCAUGGUGUUGUACUCCGUGUUUCCUAGCCAAGCUUUCUAAGGAGAUGGACGAAUGUGUGUGUACAUCGUGCUGUGUUCCCGGUGCUCUAAUGGCCAUGAGGGUGAAGGUCAGGGCAGCAAACAGAAUUAAGGGAAGUAUAUGUGAAGACUGUAUCAUUACAAGCUGCUGUCCAUUGUUGACAAUGUGUCAGAUGAAGAGAGAAUUGGACAAUGUUGCCCUGAAGAAACCCGGUACACAACUGUAGCUGGUAUUGUUGGACACAGCUUGGACGUAACAAGUGACACAACUAUGCUGACAUUUGCAGGAUUCAGUUGGAAUGUCACGGGUAUUAAAUGUGCUGGAUCUUCUUGAUGGUGCUGACAAUUUUUUCCUUAUAUAACAGUCUCAUAUUGCUGAUUAUGCAUUUAGGCUGCAUAUGUAUAUAGUUUAAAUGCAAACUGAAAUAUAAGCAAUAUAAAUGCA